AAAACCUCAGUAGACUCAAGCAAUACACUGUGACAACAUGUCUGAUAAGGACCCAGGGGACAUUAUUGCUACAGACCCCAGGGAAAAAGAUGAUAGAAGAAGCCUUAUUGUACGGAAGAUUUGGAAUUUCAACCCUAAAGACAUUUUUACAUGGGAGCUUGCGAAGACUGUAGCCAUGGGUCAGUUUUUGGCCUCCCUCAUCUGCGGUACAGCAGUGACAUCCCAGUACCUGGCUUCAGACUACCACGUGGACGCUCCCAUGCUCCAGAGUUUCAUGGGCUACACUCUGCUCUGUCUCACGUACACAACCGCUCUGUUAUUCAGAACAGGGGAUGGCAAUAUGUUUCAGAUUUUAAAGAGGAAGUGGUGGAAAUAUCUCCUACUGGGCUUGGUGGAUGUUGAGGCGAACUACACAGUUGUUAAAGCUUACCAGUACACUACUCUUACCAGCAUACAGAUGCUGGACUGUUUUGUGAUCCCUGUGGUGAUGGUACUGUCCUGGUGGUUCCUGAAGACAUGCUAUAGACCAAUCCACUACAUUUCUGUUGUCAUCUGUUUGCUGGGGGUAGGUGCCAUGGUGGGGGCAGACCUACUGGCCGGACGGGAUCAGGGAUCCACCUCAGACAUCUUGCUGGGUGAUGGCUUGGUCCUGCUUAGUGCCAGUCUAUAUGCUGUGUCCAAUGUGUGUCAGGAGUACACAGUGAAGCACCUCAGCCGAGUGGAGUUCCUAGGCAUGGUCGGCCUGUUUGGCACACUCAUCAGUGGCAUACAGCUGGGGAUACUGGAGCAUACAAAUGUGGCUAACAUCCAGUGGGACUGGAGUAUCGCCAUGCUGUUUGCUGCCUAUGGCCUGUGCAUGUACACCCUGUACAGCUGUAUGCCCAUAGUGGUAAAGAAGACCAGUGCUACGGCUGUCAACCUCUCCCUGCUCACAGCAGACCUCCUCAGCCUCUUCUGUGGUCUGUUUCUCUUUCAGUACAAGUUCUCAUGUCUGUACAUGGUGUCUCUCGUGAUCAUCCUGAUUGGCUUCAUUGCCUUCAACGCCGUAGCCACUACCCCUAACCCCGCUGAACCCUUGGGCCAGGAGGAGGGUGUCCACGGCAACUCAUAUGACACAAUCACUAAACAGGAAGUGGUGGUGACGGUCCAAGGGGAAGAAAAGGAGGAGCAGAAAGCGGGAGAAGGGCCAGGUCUGACAUGGAGAGAGAGAACACAGGAUGAGGAGACACCAGCUGGGGGACGAAGUACCAAGAUGUGAUCUGAUCUGCUGAACUACCACAGCCCAAAAGUAUACUGUAUAGAUUCCUUACCAUUUUUACAGAUGUACAAUUACUGAGAUGUAUGUGUGUAUAUAUGUACAGGUGUUUUGUAAUGUUAUUUCAGGGGAGUAGUAGAUAGACAGUGUUGUUUUUAGCUUACAUUUAUUGCAUGAUGUGCCACAUAUAUUUUUUAACUAAUCUUAAUGUAGAUUGUUAACCAGAUUCUUUUUUUUUUUACAAUAAUGUAAUAUUAUUACAUGUCAAUUGCUAUCAAAUACAAUGCUGACCAAGUGAGUCUUUUUAUGAUAUCACACCUUGUUGUAACAUAAAUUCUAAUUCAGCAGAAAUGUGUAAAUCUCUUUUUGUGUUGACUGGCUGAAUA